AUGCAUCUUCCAACAGUUGGCAAAAGUCGCAAGCCAAAAUUUGAGCUUCACCUCAAGAUAUAUGACUUGAACAACGUUCCGCUGGUCAACGGCAACUCGUACAUAAAAUGGCAUCUUUCUCAUUCCAUGCACGCAGAUCACCGUGGGCGCACCAACAAAUGCCCCAUCGCAAAUCACAAAGUCGACUACAACUUUAGCAAAAUUGUGCCCUCCAUUCGCAUCUCCAUUGAUAAGAACAACAUGCUCUCCGAGUGUCCCUUUGAACUCGAGAUUUUGCAAGAAUUUGCUGUCGCCGAAAAAAUCACUCUCGGCCAGAUCAAGCUGAACUUGAGUGAAUUCGUCGAGGAGAGCGAGCCCUACAGCAGAGACGCCCUGUCACCUCCCAAGAUCCGCAAGCAAAGCACUGGCGGAAGCAGCAUCAGCCUUACAAACUCAAAACGACGAGCUAGUUCGGAGAGUCGCCCGGCUCAAGAAGGCAUUAUUCGAAGAUACCUUAUGCAGGACAGCAAAAUCAACAGUACCCUCAAGAUUGGUAUUCUCAUGGUUCAAAUUGACGGCGACCGCAACUUUGUUGCGCCUCCGCUCAAAACUGCUCCUGUAUUCGGCGGAAUCGGCGGUUUCAUGGACCCUAAUCACAUUGAAGAUGAAACUGGGCCUGUUCCUAGUUUUAGCAAAAAUCGCGACAAUGCCGAGGUCCAGGACCUCUAUCGUCGCACAUUAGCAGCAUCAUGGUCGAAACAGCCGGCGCAGCUUCCUGCAGAUGAGUGUAUUGAGGAUAUCUUUGCAGGCGGCAACGGCUGGAAGGCUCCCAAGACGGGAUCCGCCAAGCGUGAUACCUCUUCUUCCAACACAGACCCCGACGACUUGGAUAAUGACGACCCUGGCAACAAAGGUACUCUGCGCCCAUCCGAUUUUCGCCGCCUUGGCAUUAGCAAUCAUCGUCGGCAACUCAGUGCCUCUUCUGACAGGAGCGUUUCCACCGUCACAGGCGGCGUACGUUCUCGCAACUCCCCUAGCCCUCGCAAAUCCCAUACUCCACUCAACAGCCGGCAGUCUUCACACCUGGACGAAGAUCACCACGCUGUUCGCAGCAGUCGUAGCGACAGUAUGGCAAGCCUGGUACCGACACUAGGAAGCAGCUCAGGAACAGAGAACAACGGGCGCGGAGAGACGAGCUACAAGCACCAGCGUGAGGUCGGCGAAGAUGAGCUUCGCGAUAAUUUCGUGGCCUGGCAUCUUCCCGGUCAGGAAGGCCUUGCCGCUUAA